AUGGGGCUGGGAUUUGGGCUUUCAGCUCCUUGUUCAACAGGACGUUGCUUUCUUCCAGCCCCCCUCGUGCAGUGUGGGCAGCCCUCCACCAAAGAAGAGAUGGAGAUAGUGGAAUCCAAGCACCCGCCAGUCAAGCAGCACUGGUACGAGCGCUACGUGCUGCCCUGCUUUGCUGAGCUGCUGGGCAGUGCGGCCUUCGUCUUCGCUGGCUGCAUGUCAGUUGUGCAGGACACAGAAGGCACCGGGCUGAUGCAGCCAGCACUGGUCCACGGGUUGUCCAUCGUGCCCAUCGUUGUCAGCCUGGGGAACAUCAGCGGAGCUCAUACCAACCCAGUCGCGUCCCUGGGCAUAUGGCUGAUCGGCGGGAUGGAACACAUCAUGCUUAUCCCUUACAUUAUUGCCCAGCUCUGCGGAGGGAUCUUAGGGGCUGCCCUGACAAAGGCCGUGGCAAACAGUGGGAGCUUCGACAUCAAGCACGGAGGGGCCUUUGGCGUCAUUGAGACAAAUGAGCAGAUCGGCCCAGCGCUGGGCAACGAGAUCAUCCUGACCACCUUCCUGUUGCUUGUGGUCUGCAUGACUGCAGUCAAUGAGGAAACCAAGAGCCAUCUAGCUCCUAUCUGCAUCGCCCUGACAGUCGCCAUCAACAUCCUGGUGGGAGGUUUCAUAUCCGGACCCUGCAUGAACCCUGCUCGAGCCUUUGGGCCAGCUGUGAUAGCCAACUACUGGCUCUACCACUGGGUGUACUGGGUCGGGCCUCUGAUCGGCUGCCUGAUCUCCAGCAUACUGAUUAGGUUUGUGAUCGGUGGCCGGGCAAUCCGCCUGUUCCUGAAGUGA